AUGGGAAGCUCACGGGGAGGGGACAGCAAAAAAAAAAUGGUGUCACUGCCACCGAAGCAGACUAUUACUCAGACGACUCAACCAGAGCGAAGCCAGGACAACGACGAAUUAAAUGUAAAGCAACAUUCACAAGACAUGGAAGCACAAAAGGGUACGGAAGAACAUUCUGUAACAGGUGAUAAAGUUAAAACCCUAGAAUCAAUUAACUCAACAGAUGCGCAAGAACCGAAGGAACAACGCAAGUUUUGGGUUGACGUAUUGAACGACAAUCGCAAUCCAACUAAAGGCAUGUCGAUGAAAUAUGUCGCCCCAUCAAUUGUUGCCGGGGAGAUUCAAAUUGUUAUUGAAGACGAGGAUGUUGAAACAGAACUCAAAUUUUGGGAAAGUUCUUUGAUCAUGUAUGUGCUGGGAGGGGAUCUCAGUAUGAAUACAAUGAAGAAUUUUAUGGAAAGAAUGUGGAAUUUCAUCAAACUUCCUGAUAUACACUACCACGAGGAAGGAUACUUUAUCCUCAAAUUUCAUUCGCACAGGGAUAUAGAUACAGUGAUGCUGAAAGGACCCUACACAAUUUAA